AUGGAGGCUCGUCCGAGCAUGGCGCCGGCUCGGCCGCAGAGCGUCAAAGAGCUCGUGGCACAGGCUGAGAACUUUGCCUUCAACGUUAAUAUCGCUAUGAAGCAUUGGAUCAGAGCUGCUGAUACGCUUUAUCAAGAGGCAUCGUUCGCUUUAUCAGAUGGCGAUUUCGGACGAGCCUACAUGAUGCUUUAUCGACACUCCGUCCUGGUGCUCAAAUUUCUGCCCACGCAUCCUCAAAUCAAGGACCCCGACAAUAAGAAGGCUUUCAAGUCGCUAUACAAGCGCAUCGAUCGCAUUAUCAAAGAUCUCGAGCAGCUAAAGCCAGAAAUCCAAAGUGCAUAUAACGAAUGGGAAAGUGCAGCAUCGUCAGCCGCAGCGGAGGAACGCAAGCGACCAGCAUCAUAUGGGGCCUUUGCCGCUCGGGAUCCUACAUUAAGCGGCAAUGCACGCAUCCUUGACGCCUCCGAGCAUCAAGAUCUGGCGGUUGAUUUAGCGCAGCAAGAACUAAACCGUCGAGGACGAGAUAAACGAACGAGUAAACAUGGCAGUAUUUGGGGUGCGCGAAAUUCAAAAACCAAGGAGAGUGCUGAGGGGCGGAGCGUGGAAAAUAGAACGUCAAAUCUCGAUGAUACCGAUCUCCGACGCCAAAUGGAGGCCACCCGCCGAACACUGGAUAUGGCCCAGGAACGCAGAGAUUUUGAUGCAGCAAUUUACGACCAGGAAGCAAACAUCCCGGUGACCCCCAAUAAUUACUAUUAUCCGUCUCUUUCCCAAUCGAGACCCGUCGACUACGAGAAAAGCCAACACACAUCAUCAAGAGAGCCGCAGCCCGCAAGGCCGCCGAAAGAGCAAUUUGAUGUCCCUCCACCUCGGUAUGAAGACAAAUUUGAUAUCCCUGAACCGGCUAUCCCUCCUCAGAUACCACGCAAGACCCAGCUGAAUGACUACCCGUCACUGGAUGCUACUCCGCGACCAUUAGUUGAUGUAAAUCAACCACCUCUUCCGCCUAAAGAAUCCGCACAAGUACCUCAGCCUAAGAAAGAACGUCUAGCUUUUAAGCCUGGGGGAUAUCUUGAAAACGGGGAUCCUGUUCGGUCAAUAUUUCUCCCAGGCAACCUGCGCUCCAAGUUUCUAGAAAUUGCAUCAAAGAACACGGCGGCAGGCUUAGAGACGUGUGGUGUGCUCUGUGGAACUCCAAUCAACAACGCUCUGUUUGUUCGAUGCCUCUUGAUACCAGAUCAGAAAUCCACCCCCGACACGUGCGAGACCGAGAAUGAAAGUGCUCUCUUUGAUUACUGUAUGAAUGAGGACCUGCUGAUGCUUGGCUGGAUACAUACACAUCCAACACAGACGUGCUUCAUGAGCUCGCGUGAUCUCCACACACACGCAGGAUAUCAAGUCAUGAUGCCCGAAAGCAUUGCCAUCGUGUGUGCACCUAGAUACCAUGAAUACGGCAUAUUUCGACUCACACAUCCCCCCGGACUUGACCAUGUUCUGAAUUGUACUCGCACAGAGACCUUUCACCAACAUUCGAUUGAUAAUCUAUAUCGCGAAGCUAAUCACCCUAAUGGGCACGUGUAUGAAAGCGACAAAAUGCCCUUGGAAGUUGUCGAUCUACGGAUACAGUGA